AUGGGCCUACACGAGUUCACCAUCGAUACCCCAUGCCAUCGAGGCCCAGGCCAGCGGCCACAUGAAGUUGAGGCCUACCUGAGAGAAACGGAAGGGCAAGCCCAGAUUCGUUACAGGUCACCAUCACUGCUCUUAAGCUGCCCCCAGUCGCCACACCCAGCGUAUGCCUAUGGAGCAAGAAGUUGGUUCUCGAUUGACAAAUCUCUGUCGCAUGUGGUGUGGUCCAUUUACAUCGAAGCUACGGACAUCCAACCCGAGCGUGCAGCAAAGGAUAUUUUUCAACGUGACACAGAAGUGAUAAAUGCUGAGGUGAUGUGGUGUCUCAAUGCUGUCAUGACGCACACAUCAUUCCGUGCUGCCGCGGCAUCGGCUUCUCUGUUCCCGUUGAUGUUCCCAUCAUCGGCUACUGCCAAGAAAGUGCAGCUUGGCAAAGAUAAGGUGGGAUAUACUGUUGUCUAUGGCCUCGCACCUUUCUUUAGAGAGAGCCUCGUGUCGGAAUUGAACCAAGCCUCCUACCUCGUCUUAGCGUUUGACGAAUCGUUAAACAAAGUUACACAGAAGGAGCAAAUGGACGUGUUGGUUCGCUUUUGGUCGGAUGCAGAGGGAAGCGUGAAAACACGCUACCUGACGUCAUGCUUUCUUGGGCGCACGCGAGCUGAAGAAUUGGUGUCCGCAUUUAAAAGUGCCACUGAUGGACUCUCACGUUCGAAAAUUCUUCAGAUAUCAAUGGACGGGCCAAACGUCAACAUGAAGUUUCGCCGUGAGAUCAAGCAAGAACUGUGUGAAUCCAAUGACGGCCGCCAAAUUCUCGACGUUGGAAGCUGUGGCCUUCAUGUGGUGAACGGCGCGUUCAAAACCGGACACGCGGCAACAGGAUGGCAACUUGUGGAAUUUCUCCGGGCUAUGUACAAUUUAUUUAAAUGCGUACUUGCCCGACGUGCUGAAUACGCACGCAUUACCGGGAGCAACAUUUACCCUUUGAAGUUUUGCUCUGUGCGAUGGCUUGAAAAUGUUCGAGUAAUUUCGCGGGCUCUUGAGGUUCUGCCUUACCUAAAGGUGUACGUUGAGUCGUGUCGAAACGAGAACAAGCGACCGACCAGCGCCAGUUACGGCGUCGUCGAAACAUCUAUCUAA